CCCGAUAGAUCAGAGUGUCGUUUGCUCUAUGCUUACUCUGGUCGACCGCCUGAAAGCCGUCAUUCAUCAAUGGUGUGCCGGGGUCACGUCGUUCGAUAGAUCUCUUUUCGAGUUCUUUGAGGAGCCAUGGCCUUCUCUUGCGAAGGACGAGACCCUCUGGAGCACACCAGUCUUUAUCAGCGCGCGGAAAGUGAGGAUAGUGAUGCCGAGGGUGGUUUGGGUAACGUGAACAAGAUGGUGAUGCGACCACCUGGCCACAGCGGGAAAGCUAAGAAGGGCCACAUCUGUUUCGACGCCACCUUCGAGACCGGUAAUCUCGGUAGGGUGGAUUUGAUAUCCGAAUUCGAGUACGACCUUUUCAUCAGACCUGACACCUGCGGACCUAGGUUACGCCUGUGGUUCAAUUUCACCGUAGAUAAUGUGAAGGCGGAUCAACGAGUGAUCUUCAAUAUCGUGAACAUCUCGAAAAGCGCGAAUCUCUUUCGGCAGGGAAUGACGCCGUUGAUGAAAAGCAGUAGCAGACCAAAAUGGCAAAGGAUACCGCGGGAACAGGUGUUCUAUUACAAAUCUGCGCAGCAUCAGAAUCACUACGUAUUAAGCUUCGCUUUCGCGUUUGAUCGCGAAGAUGACCUCUAUCAGUUUGCCCUAACAUAUCCGUAUUCGUACACUCGUUACUUGGGACAUCUCGACAAUUUGUGCAGCAGAUUGCUAUAUACAAAGAGGGAAACGCUGGCCGAGUCGAUCCAAAAGAAAAAUGUAGAACUCGUGACUAUAGCAUCCGAUCUCGAAGACACCGAACGACCUAGAAAGGUGGUCGUCGUUCUCGCCAGAGUUCAUCCUGGCGAAUCGCCGUCUUCAUUUGUGUGUCAGGGAUUGAUGGAUUUUUUAGUCAGCGCUCAUCCUAUCGCUCAAAUUUUAAGAGAGUAUGUGAUUUUCAAGAUAGUGCCAAUGCUGAAUCCUGACGGUGUCUUUCUCGGAAAUUACAGAUCUACCGUGAUGGGAUUGGAUCUGAAUCGAUCGUGGAAUCGUAUCUCCGAGUGGAUCCAUCCUACUCUAUUUGCGACCAGAGCGAUGCUAAAAUCCCUCGAUAAAAAUUCGCACACACCAUUAGAUUGCGUAUUGGAUCUGCACGCGCAUACUAAUGCCACGGGUGUUUUUGUCUAUGGAAAUACGUACGAGGAUGUCUACAGGUACGAGAGGCAUAUCGUCUUGCCGAAAUUACUAGCUCAGCACGCGGAGGACUAUGAAUUAGGCAACACCAUGUACAAUCAAGAUCACAAUAAAGGCGGAACUGCCCGACGUUAUUUGUGCUCUAUCCUAAAGGAGCACGUCAACUGUUACAGCCUAGAGGUGUCUAUGUACGGUUAUAAUAAAAAAGGGAUACCCGGUAUAAUGCCGUACACGGAAGAAGGAUAUUACAGGCUCGGUCGCAAUUUGGCUCGCGUUUUUCUAGAAUAUUACAAGCUUACUGGACUUAUCCCGUCGGGGCUUCCCGAUCAACCGUCAAAUAGGCGAACACGUCAAUCUCGGCAGAGACAUCGAUUUCCAAGAGAACCUAGACUGAGAACAGUGAGAACUCCGGCGACCUUGCAUCUUGCCAGCAUUUAUGAGUACUUUCGGGAGGAAGCUGAGCCGCUCCCGAGCGCUCGUUACCGAUCGAUGAGCGGUACGCGGAUGGGACAGCAGCCCGGAACUGGAAUCGCGAAUGAAACUGGAACGGGCGUCGGCGGCGGGUGCAGGAGCCGGAGCUACAGGUUCCGGAGCCCCGGGGCACCGCUCGACAAGGUGCAGGCCCUGACGACGGGGCGGCCCGCCGCCGAGCCGCGGCUCACCAUUAUCGAUUUCAAUCAGCUGACGCGGGGUGGUUUGGAGCUCGCAGCCACCAAGAACAGAUCGACGGUCCCACGCAAAAGCGUCAAGUCGCGCAGAUAACGAUCGUCUCGCCUCGGACUUGGUCGUUUGUAAAAAGAAAUUUCUCGACGGGAGUCUGCGAAUAUGCUGCGCUUUUUUGAUCUCCUAGAGACCGGAAAUGACUAGGAAAUUAUUGCCUUGAUAUAGCUUAAUAAUGACGAUAUUGGUUUAUAUAGAUAUAUCUAAUUGGACGAGGAGAUUAAUCAUCGCACAUAUCGAUUCACGUUAUUUUUAGCGACGAAAAUAUAGAGGGUUGCUUAUGACGAGAGAGGAGUAUCGAGAAUGUAUCUCGGAGAGUAUUUAAUUGUCCUGUAAUAAUUGUUGAUCAAUUAACUUUUAUUUCUUUUAUAUCGAGUAACUUCCAAUCUAUAUUAUCAAUAUUAAGAAAAACACAUCAAUAAUGUGUUUCUCUCUAUUGCGCAACAUUUAUUCUCUCACGGAUGCACGUAAACAAUCAAAUUUUCAACCCUUUCUCUUACACAAUAUAUAUUCUCACCUCUUCCUUCGUGAUAAUAAAUACAUUU